AUGUCCACCCCGAGCGAGAGAAGGCGGGUCCUGAACAGGGUUCUCAACCAAAACCCUUACGAUGAUGCAGAGAGACCAGGGCUCUGGAUCUACCUGAUUUGGCUCUGCCUAACUGUUCGAAAGGGUAGACAGCCCGAUUUCGAAGCCGUGGCAGAAGAGACCGGCUACUCGGCCCUCUACCUUGAGGAAGCCUUUCGGGAAUUGUCUUUGCACGGUGACAAAGUUCGGGCUCUGGCUAAUGAGACCAUUGCUCAGACGGAGAAAGAGGACAACAAGGAGAAGAAGAAGAGGCAACAGGAGGCGUAA